CAGUUCGCCUGGUUGCCCAAGUGACGAGAGAUGGAGAUGGAGAUGGAGAUGGAAGGCGGCGAGAGAGGCAAGGACAAUGGGGAGGUGGCGCCGAGGACUGUUUCCGAUUAUCUAGAUCCUCACUACUGGAACGAACGUUUCAAAUCGGAGGAGCACUACGAGUGGUUCAAGGAUUACUCUCACUUCCAGCACCUCCUUCGCCGCCACAUCCAUCCCUCCUAUUCCGUUCUUGAGCUUGGUUGUGGGAACUCGCGUCUCUGCGAAGAGCUGUUCAAGGACGGCGUCACCGACAUCACCUGCAUUGAUCUUUCUGAUGUCGCUGUGAACAGGAUGCGCGAGCGCUUGUUGGUUUCUGGAUUACAUGGCGUCAAAGUUCUCCAGGCUGACAUGUUGGAACUACCUUUCAGCAGCCAAAGCUUUGAUCUUGUUAUUGAGAAAGGAACCAUGGAUGUCUUGUUCGUGGACAGUGGUGAUCCAUGGAAUCCCAACCCUGCAACAGUAAGCAAAGUGAUAAAAAUGCUCGAAGGUGUUCACAAGGUUUUGAAACCUCAAGGAACUUUCAUCUCUAUAACAUUUGGACAGCCACAUUUUAGACGCCCACUAUUUGAGUCCCCUGGAUUCACUUGGUCUGUUGAAUGGGACACAUUUGGGGAUGGGUUCCAUUAUUUCUUUUAUUUUUUGAAGAAGGGAAGGAGGUCACCAGAAAGUGAGCCUUGUCAUGAUGAGAAACGUAAUGAGCUUACAAUUAGCAUGUUACAUGAGGAGUUGGAAGAUGAAGAUUACAUUUUUCGGACAGCCAUUGAUGUAAUGGAAAAUUGAAGUUGGAAAGAUCAAAGAAUGGAAACAUGAAUUCAUCUCGUCAAAUUAGAGUUGUGCCAAAGAUUUAGAGUGCCAUAACUUGUGAUUAAUAAAGGCAAGCAUAACCAUCUGUAUUUUAGGACAACACUGUAUAUUUCUUUUUUUCCUGCAAUUUUUCUAUAAUGCUCAGAGGACAGUUAAAAACCAGGGCAUAUGAUUUCUUUCUUUCUUUUGUUUUUUUUUUGUUUUGUUUUUUUGUUUUUGUGAUACCACUUGUUAUUUUAAGAAGCAUUGCCUUCACUCAGACUUUGUGGCAUUAUUGUUAAUUCUCAAUGCAAUUCAAGGUCCAAGUUUGUCAA